GCCGGAGCCCGGUGAGUGCUGUGCUCUGUGGGGGCUUCUGGUCAUGGGCCCGCAAGGCCGUGAGCGCCGGGCGGGGACGGUCCAGAGCACCAACGACAGCAGCGCCCUCAGCAAGCGCUCGCUGGCCGCACACGGAUACGUACGUGAUGCCUUCGCGGCGCUGCUGGCCCCGAGGCCUGUGCGGCGCACGCCGCUCAUCCACCGCGGCUAUUACGUGCGCGCGCGCGCCGUGCGUCACUGCGUGCGCGCCUUCCUCCGGCUCACCGGCGCGCUCCCGGCCCCGACCAGGGCGCAGAUCCUGUCCCUGGGCUCAGGCUCCGACUCGCUUUAUUUUCGCCUGAAGGCCGCGGGCCUCCUGGCCCGGGCUGCCGUCUGGGAGGUGGACUUCCCGGACGUGUCUCGGCUCAAGGCGGAGAGGAUCGGGGAGACCCCGGAGCUGUGCGCGCUGACCGGCCCUUUCGAGAUCGGGGACUCGGCGUCAGCUCUGUGCUUUUCGAGCUCGGACUACCGCAUCCUGGGCGCUGACCUGCGGGAGCUCCCGCGGUUAGACGAGGCCCUGGACGGUGCCGGCCUGGACGCCGCUUCACCCACGCUGCUCCUGGCAGAAGCGGUGCUGACCUACCUGGAGCCCGCCAGGGCCGCGGCGCUCAUUGCCUGGGCCGCCCAGCGUUUCCCCGACGCCCUUUUCGUGAUCUAUGAACAGAUGAAGCCGCGAGAUGCCUUUGGGCAAGUCAUGCUGCAGCACUUCCGGCGGUUGCACUCACCCCUGCAUGGCCUGGAGCUCUUUCCCGACUUGGAGGCCCAGCGCCGGCGCUUCCUUCAAGCUGGCUGGACUGCCUGCAGCGCCCUGGACCUGAACGAGUUCUAUCGUUGCCUUCUACCCGCGGACGAGCGCCGGCGGGUCGAGACGCUUGAGCCCUUUGAUGAAUUUGAGGAGUGGCACCUCAAGUGUGCCCACUAUUUCAUCCUGGCAGCAUCUAGGGGAGAUACUCUGUCCAAAACUCCGGUGUUUCCGCCCUCAGAGGCUCCUUUUCAGAGAGAUCCUGCUUCGCCUUCAGGGUUUCUUUCUGCCAGAGUAGUCACUGGAGACCACCAGGACUCAAGCCUGAGGAGAUACGGCCACGCCUCCGUCCUCUUGAGCCCUGGCGUUAUCUUCAGUGCAGGAGGCUUUGGAGAACAAGAAGGACGACACUGCCGAGUGAGCAGGUUUCACUUGCUCUCACGAUCCUGCGACUCUGAAUGGAAAGGCAGCCAAAUAAGUCGUUUGAGGACUGAAGGCCAGUGGGAUGGACGCCUUUAUCACACCAUGACAAGGCUUUCAGAUACUCAGGUUCUGGUUCUCGGAGGGAGACUGUCCCCAGUAAAUCCAGCCUCCGGGGCUCUCCAGCUUGAUUUUUACAAAAGCGAGGAUAAUUGCCCCGAGGACCAAAGUGUAACAGUAACAGAGGCCACCUUAGGAGAAGGCCCCAUGUUGCCUUGCUGGCGGCAUUCAACAACAGAAGUCUAUCAUCAGAACCAAAGAUACUUGCUUGUGUAUGGUGGCCGAAGUGUGACAGAACCGGCAGUUAGUGACUGUCGUUUCCUCCAUGUAGAGACAAUGGCUUGGGUCAGAAUCCCCGUUGAAGGGGCAACACCCCAAGGUCGGCAUUCUCACAGCGCCUGCAGUUGGCAAGGGGGAGCACUUAUCGCUGGAGGUCUUGGUGUUUCUGAGGAACCACUGAGCUCUGUACUCUUCCUCAGACCAGUGUCCUCCAGAUUCCUCUGGGAAUCAAUAGACGUCCAGCCCCCCAUUACCCCGAGGUACUCUCACACCGCUCACGUAUUUAAUGGAAAGCUGCUUCUGGUUGGAGGGGUGUGGAUUCAUUGCUCCUCAGUCCCUGGAGUGACUGUUAUCAAUUUGACUACGGGGGUGAGCUCUGAGUAUCAGAUUGACACAGCGUCAGUGCCGUGGCCGUUAAUGUUGCACAGCCACAGCAGCGCCCUCCUUCCCGAAGAACAGCAGCUCCUGCUUAUUGGAGGGGGAGGGAACUGCUUUUCCUUUGGCACUUAUUUCAACCCCCACACAGUGGCAUUAGAUCUCUCCUCCUUGAGUUCAGGGCAAUAAAGAAUGGACUAGAUACAUUCAGGACCUAAGAAUGAAUUUGGCUGUGUAUAUUGGCACCACCCCACCCUCCAACACACAUCUUCCUUCCUUACCACACUAUUGUAGGACAUGAACAGCUGGUUACAAUAAAUGCCAACAGUGAGAUGGUACAUAAGUAAAACAGUGAAAAGAGUGUCAUACAUUCUGGGAGCCUCAGCAUCAUGUGUCCAGUUUGUUGGGUUUCUACCAAUUUUCAACUCUUAGCCAUUUAUCCCGAGUAAAAGAUUUCCCAAACCUCUAUCUUGUGACCUAGAUUAUAUUUUGGGAAAAAAUUCAUACUGAUCCUUGGUAAGAAUACAGGCUGAGUAUAGUUCAGGAAUUCAGUGUUGGUCUGCUGCUUUGGGUGUAAGGCCUGAAAUGAACACUGUUAAAGACUUGGCCUUUAGGUUGAACACAGAACUUUAACAAUGAGAAAAAGUACAAUUUGAAAAUUGUGCUUUCGAUCACUCUUUUGCUAACAUUUUAUAUUAAGCUUUGUAAGUGCUAAUAAAGCAGUCAUUUAA